AUGGAGAUUGCGAGCUGCAGUUCACAGCUAACCGGAGGGCGCAUCAGCGUCGGCAACUCGUUGGCCUGCGCCCAAAACCACGGUCUGGCUGUUAACUGCAGUGAAAAUGCGACAAACGAGGAAGUACACACAUUAGCGAUAGCGCUGUCGCAACCGCCCCUGAAGGCGGUUUCCAUCAGUCUGAACGACGGACCGCAAAUAACUUUCGACAACCUGGCACCGGUCCGCGAGCAGACCGUGCUAUUCCACUUGCGCAACUGUCGUUCGUCGCGCGCCUCGGACAAGCUGGCUCAACUGCGCCUGCCGCAUUUGCUGGAGUUUGCCGCACAUAACUGCCGCGCGCUGGACGUGCGCCGAGCGGACUUUUGGCGGUCGAGCAAACUGCGCCUGGUCCAGUUCGUCAACAGCACGCUGGAGUCCCUCGAAGCCGGCACUUUCGCUGAUUUGCCCGGAUUGCGACUGCUCUCGCUGGAGCGUGGCCUCAGUCAAAAGGAACUCUUCCCGGAAGACGUACAAGCGUAUCUGAUGCGGCCACACUGUGGCCCCGAGUUCGAGCCGUUCAGACGUUGGUGGCGCGUCAGCGGCUUGUUGCAACAAGCUUCUGAAAGCGCUGUCUAUCGCAUCGAGUACGAUUCCUGGAAGAACGAAGACCUGGGCAAACGGGACGUCUUUGUGCCCAUAGACUGUGCCACGGCGUCGUUUCCCAACGGAUCGGCUACUGUUGACUUUACGAUGGAAGUUUUUUUCCGCUAACGAAGACCUGCACCCUGACAAGUUUGGCCACCGCUGUGUCCACUCCACGGACGCGGAUGAGGAAUUCCCCACGUUUUCCAGCGAGCCGGUAACGGCGACGGAAUGCCAGAUCUUCACCAUUGUCAACUGCUACUCACUGCAGCGGGAUUUGUCUAACUUCAAGAAUUAUCCAUUUACUCCGGAUGGAUUGGGCGAACAACCGCAACCAAACUGCAGUGGCGAACCACAGAAACGCGAAAUCCAGGAGAUGGCCAAGCAACGGCUCCGACCCACCACCCUAACCAUCAGUGAGGACUGGAAUGUCACAUGCGUCGACGUGGCGCCCAUUCGGCGGACCGUUGUCAUCUUGGACAUGGCCGGCUGCACGGGGGUCCGUGCGACGCAGCCGGCAAACGAUUUGCGGCUGAACAAU